GCUCGGCUCUUAUUCGCGUCCGCCUCCGCCUCCGCCUCCUCAACCCCUUUCGGCCUCGGAUCAACAGUUCAACACCGGUUUCUCGUUUGCUCAAUCCACUGCGGCCUCGGAUCAACAGUUCAACACCGGUUUCUCGUUUGCUCAAUCCACUGCGGCUGCCUCGCCGGCCGCGCCCCGUCCCAUCACUCUUCGGCGCAAGCGCCGCUUGCUACGCGGGAACAGCCCUAGCUUAUUUGACGCCGCUUCCGCCGCCGAAAGCACCCCUUGCCUGUUCAGCGCAUCCGCCACUACCUCUGCGGCGGCCACCAGACCUUCUCGCUGGUCCCCCCGCCGGCGAUGGCCGUGCCUCCGGAGGCUACGGAGGCGCCGCCCCCGACGGAAGCCGGAGAGGAGGCUAAGGACGGCGUUGAGGUCUGCCUGUUCGACGAAUCAGCCGAUGGGUUCUCGAGAACGCUGUGCGCUAUCUCGGAGCUCACCGCCGGAGUGCCCGAAUCGGAUUUCCCUGAAGCCGAAGUAGAGAGGCUCGCCUCGUCAGUAACGUUCCUCAGAGAAUGGAGGCACUUCUCUUAUGAGCCAAAAGGUGUUUGUUUCACUAAUACCACCGUGUCAGCUUCAUCUAGAGAUGACAUACACAGCAUAACCUUACCACAGUUCUCAUCUGCAUCUGUGCCCCAGAUCACACAGCAGGAAGAUCGGAGGGAUAAUACGGUCAGCUUUGAUUUUGUUUUGUUCGCCGGAGGGAAUGUUUGGGCCUUGGACUGGUGCCCGAGGUUGAGCAACAAGCCUGUCUCUUCUAUAAACUGUGAGUAUCUUGCUGUUGCUGCUCACCCUCCUGGUUCUUCUUACCAUAAACUCGGUAUGCCCUUAACUGGGAGAGGUAUCAUUCAAGUUUGGUGUCUCCUAGCACCCUUUGAAGAUGCACAUUCUUGUCAGCAAAUGUAUGCAUGCAAUAAGAGCAAUCGAAGAGGAAGGCCUAGAAAAACACCCGAUGGGAAUAAUUCUUUUGGUAUUUCGUCGAACCCACCAAAGCCAAGAGGGAGGCCAAGAAAGAGAACUAACACAACUUCUGAUGAUCAUUUAGAACCUGUUCUGAAAAGACCGAGGGGCAGACCGAGAAAAUAUCCGUUGCCAGUUGCUAAAGUGGAAGAUUCAUCCCAAAAUAGCAAAACUCAGGAUAUCGUUCUUUUUGAUCCUCUUGCCGCUUCAACAGUUAUUCCAGAUGACCUUCCAUUGGCUUGUGUCAUGCCAGCUGCGAAGGCUGUGAAAUCGACUCCAACAAGAGGUAGAGGGCGACAGAGGAAAAUCCCAAUCGACGAACUGGCAGGUUCGUCUGUAAUGGCAAUCUGUACAGAACCAAAGCGAACACGAGGAAGACCCCGAAAGUAUCCAGUCCCAAGCAACAGUAGAUCUAUUUCAGGCAUUGAUAUUGAAUUAGGGAAAGAUACAACUUGUCAGCCUGUGGACCAUACUGCUUGCACAGAGUAUAAUGCUAACUUAAGUAUUAUUGCAGUUGAUGCAGCAUUACCAGUUAUUGACAAACUGACCAGAUCAUCUGGCACUGUAUUAAAAGAAGAUGUGUGUACAGUUCCAUCUCCAACAACUGCAACCUGUACGGAACCGAAGAGAACACAGGGGAGGCCCCAAAAGUAUCCAGUUCCAAGCAACAGUAGGUCUAUUUCAGACACUAAAAUUGAAUCAGGGAAAGAUACAACUUGUCAGCCUGUGGACCUCACUCCUUGCACAAAGUCUAAUGCUAAUUUAAGUAUUGUUGCAGUUGAUGCAGCAUUACCAGUUACAUCUUCAUCUACUGCAACUUAUGGGAAUAAGUCAAAAGGUCAGAGGGGUAGAGGACAAAAUAAGAAGGAACCAAAUUCUAAUGCACUUUGUUGCUCAGUGGUUUCUGGUGUUGAAUCACGGAGCAUGAGUUCUAGAGAAACUAUUUCAAGUGAUCCACCAGUCUCUAUUGAGAAUGCUUUGCCAUCUGGACAGUCUAACAUAGUAUCAGUGACUAGUGAGCUUUGUUCAGUUCGCGUGUUAAGCUGUGAGGGCAAUGUGCAGAAAGGCGUUUCAGAUGAUUCUGUACUGCCUAGCCACAUUUCACCUAAAUUAAGGAAUAAGAGAGAGUCAAGUGGUAGGAGAGGAAGAGGAAGGCCUAGAAAGAAACCACUUUCUGCUGCAACUAGUUGUUUAGUGGCUUCGGGUGCCAACUCCCCAAAGACAGUUUCUGUACUGGCUAGUUCAGACAAUCUCACAGCUUUGGACAAGAGUGAUGGCGAAGUUAUAGCUAAUAAUAUUGGUUCAAUUGGUUCGUGUGGGUGUGAUAUUGAGGCAUGCAGUGUCCAUUUGAGUGCCGUAUUGCCUGAUGCCGCAUCACCAGCACAUGGCUUAUACAAUGCACAUUGCAAGGACGGAUCAAAUACCAAAAGAGGCGGAGGUGGAUCUAGAAAGAAGCUUGUUUCAACCAAACACAGUCAUUCUGCAGAUUUUAAUGGCGAAGAACAAAAGGCGCAGACAACUCUCAAGUCAAGAGACCAUGUGGCCUUGGUUGAAAAUUGUAUGAAAGGAUCAUGCCCCAGAAAGGGUGAGGUGCAACCUAAAAAAAAAUCUGCGUCAAAGGAAUGUAACUCCACAUCUAUUAGUGGUGAAGCACACACGAUGGAUAGAUCUUCCACAUCUAUGACAAUAGGAUCAUCUAGAAGUGAAGACGUGGGUGGUUUGAUCGGUUUUAAGAAAGGAAUUGUUGGUUGUGAAGUCAUGAAAGUGAAUGAAAGCAAUAGUGCCAAUGAUACUUCUCAUUGUAAUAUUGAAAAUGCACAAGCAAAUCAAGUUGCACCUAUUUUUAAGAACAAUGCUAGGGUUAUUGAUGAAGUGGAAGCUACAGAACUCGUACCACUCAAAGAAUCAAGGGAAGAUGGCAAUAUGUUUAGUUGUAUAGAAAACUCAAACUCUUCUCCAGUCCCAAAAGACAUCGCUCUACCAAGGGUUGUCUUGUGUUUAGCUCACAACGGCAAAGUUGCUUGGGACAUCAAGUGGAAGCCUCCUUUACUAAGUCAGUCAGAACAGAAAUCACGUCUAGGCUUCCUUGCAGUAUUGUUGGGGAAUGGCUCUCUUGAAGUGUGGGAAGUUCCAUCACCACACAUGAUCCAGAAAAUAUAUUCCCCUUCUAAGGUGGAGGGUUCUGACCCUCGUUUUCUAAAGCUACAACCUGUAUUUCGGUGUGUCAAAGUGAAGUGCGGGAACAGGCAAAGCAUUCCCUUGACAGUUGAUUGGUCACCUUCUCCUCCUCAUGAUAUGAUAUUGGCAGGUUGUCAUGAUGGAACGGUUGCUUUAUGGAACUUCUCAACAAACUUGUCGUCACAAGAUUCGAAACCUUUUAUGUGUGUCACUGCUGAAUCUGUUCCCAUCAGAGCUCUCUCUUGGGCACCUUAUAUAAGUGAGGAAAACAUAAAUACCUUUGUUACUGCUGGAGAGGACGGUCUAAAGUUCUGGGAUUUAAGAGAUCCAUACCGUCCUCUUUGGGAGCUAACUACUGCUCCAAGGGCUGUGCUAAGUCUUCAUUGGUUAAAGGAUGCAAGGGGCAUUAUCGUCUCAGUGGAAGAUGGUACAUUGAAGUUCCUUAGCUUGCCUCGGAUUGCAAAUGAUGUUCCAGUCACUGGAAGGCCAUUUGUCGGAACAAAAACUCAGGGUGUUUCCACUUAUCAAUUGUCAGAAUAUUUGAUUUGGAGUGUCCAUGCCUCAGAAAUUACAGGUUGUGCGGCUUACUGUGGGGCCGAUGGUACUGCUGUGCACUUCCAGCUUACUUCAAGAUUCUGGGAGAAGGAACCUGGGCGGAACCGUGCUCCUUACUUCCUCUGUGGAUCUUUGUCAGAGGAGGGGGAAAAUAUCAAAAUUGGCAGCACAUUGCAAAAGUCUCCAUUAUCAAAUGUUCCUCUGGGGGCGAAAAAGGGUCCGAAAUCAUGCCAAGAUAUAGUUCAGGUGCAAGAUGUAGAAAAGGAGAAACUACAAAUCACAGAUUCAGGUUACAGUUGCACUGUAAAUCCAGAACUUGGAGAUGGUCAAGAAGAUGAACACAGCGAAGAACAAGGAACAGGUGAAAUAGUUUUAGCUAGUCCUACAGAGCAAGAGAAUGGUGGCAUAUGGAACAGUAAGGGCGGUGAAUCCCCUAAAGACUCUGAGGUCCUCCCUCCCAAAGCUGUCGCAUUGCAUCGAGUGAGAUGGAACUCUAACAAAGGUAGUGAGAGAUGGCUGUGUUACGGAGGUGCGGCGGGCAUCAUACGGUGUCAGAGGAUCUAAGAUCAAGAGCACAGUUGGGGAAUUUUCCUCGCAAACCAGGAGACUCUGGUCAUAUCCAUGUACACAAUAGCCCGUAGUAAUUGAUGGUAGGUUUUAUCACACUCUUUUCUCUACUUUUAACCUGGUCAUUGUGAGUGCUUUCUUGGCUGUGCAAACUAUUCAUUCUAUCAUGCAAUAUAACUAAUACAACAGAUUUUAAUUUGUACUA